UUGGUACAAGGUCCCUACGAUCCCUUCUACUUCAUUAUCAUCUACAUACCAAAAAUUGAUCUGAACAAUCAGUCGAAGAGGUGACGUGACCAAUCAUGUUUCCUUUACAACGAAGCAAUAAGCUGGCGACCCCGUUUUCAAAUAGUGUCCGCCACCGGCAACACAAAAUCUCCGAAGAUCAGAUCCUCGAUGAUUGUGAUUCCCUGGUUGUUGAUUUCUCUGAUAAAAAACUCUCUAGUGGCCGCACCAAGAGAAUACUUUAUCAUAGUACUGCUGGUACGACUCAUGCUAAUAACUCUGAAGAAUUUAAGAAGAAAAAGAUGGUUCAUAGAGAGAUUGAGAAGCAAAGGAGGCAAGAAAUGGCUACCCUUCAUGCCUCUCUUAGAUCCCUCCUCCCUCUCCACUUCAUCAAGGGAAAGCGUUCUUUAUCUGAUCAGAUGAAUGAGGUAGUGAAUUACAUAAACCACCUGCAAAAGAACAUAAAAGAGCUCAGUGACAAGAGGGAUGAACUUAAUAAUCUCUCCAAUAUUCUCAAGAAGGACCAUGCAUCUGCUAGUUUCACUUUCCACCAGAGUGAUGGAUGUGUGGGAAUUGAAAUCACUAGUGGCUUCAGAGAGGAAGAAGGGUUACCAGUUUCGAAAUUGCUGGAAAUUUUGUUAGAAGAGGGGCUUGAAGUUGUUAGUUGCAUUUCAACCAAAGUUAAUGGAAAAUUACUCCACAGUAUGCAGUGUGAGGUUAACAGCAAUUCCGAAAGUGUAGAUCUAACUGAGCUGAGAAGGAAAAUUUCCAAUGUUAUUCAAUCAUUUUCAUGUUCUGAUUAACUAUGUGUGGAAUUGGAAAUAGGUGACUCAUCUUCCCAAUUACAGAAAAUUAAAAAAUUAGGCUUAGUCUGAGGUAUAUCAUCUAACUGCUUGUAACUAAUCGAGUGUGGCUUGUAACUGCGUAUAAUAAGAUUUGUGACUUACAUUAAAGUUUGUAAACAUGUUACAGGUUAGAAACAUGUAUCUUUUACCCAACAAUUGGUUAACCUGUUGGAAUAACUCGUUUGUGACAUGGUAUCAGAACUAUGAUUAAGUUGUUUAGAGUUUGAUCUUUACUAUCAGCAA